AUGGACGUCUACAAGGCUAGCCCCGCAUUUGACAUGGAGAAAGAAAAUAAAGUUCGAGAUGUUGAAGCAAGCAUUGAAGCGCCAUCCGAGAAACCUUAUAUGGUCAACGGGGGCGGAAAGCCUGAGACUGAUUUCCCCGAAGGUGGACUGAGGGCUUGGUUGGUUGUGGCUGGUGCAUCUGGAGUCUUAUUUUGUGGGUUUGGUUACGCAAACGCGUUCGGUGUCUAUCAAGAGUACUAUCAAAGACACCAACUUCGGAACGAGUCCCCUUCAACGAUAUCAUGGAUCGGAUCUCUGCAAAUCUUCUUCGUGUUCUCUGGGAAUCUGGUUGGUGGGCCGAUGUUUGAUACAUACAGAUCCAAGAUCAUAUGGCCUUCAAUCCUUGGAUACCUGAUCUCGGUCAUGAUGACCAGUCUCUGCAACUCAUUCUAUCAAUUCCUCCUCGCGCAAGGUGUUCUCGGUGGCGUUUCCAUGGGAAUGAGCAUGGCCCCCGCAAUGGCCGCCACAGGGCAGUACUUCAACAAAAAACGCGGCACCGCAAUGGGUCUCACAAUCGGCGGGUCUUCAAUCGGCGGUGUCCUAUUCCCCAUCAUGCUCAGCAAAAUGCUCAACAGCAGCUCUCUGAGCUUCGGCUGGACAGUCCGCAUCAUCGGCUUCAUCAUGCUAGUAUUGAUGCUCCCAGCCGCCACAGCGAUCCGACCCCGCCUCCCACCACGAAAGAACAGCUUCUUCCUGCCUGAAGCAUUCAAGAACCCGCAGUAUGUGAGUUUGUUGGCUGCUGUAUUCUUGAUGUUGAUGGGGAUGUUUAUGCCGUUCUUCUACCUGCCGAGUUUUGCUGUGGAGAAAGGCAUGACUCCGAAACUGGCUGGAUAUCUGCUCUCGAUUCUGAAUGGCGCGUCUUUCUUCGGGAGAGUCAUUCCUGGAGUGCUGGGCGAUAAACUCGGUCGACUGAAUGCUCUCUGUGCGGCUGGAUUGAGUACGGGGCUUUAG